AUAUCUAUCGAUUGAGAGAUUUCAUUUGGUGAAAUUUAUUUUAAAUCAGCAUCACGGACAAAAACAAUCGACCCUGACGGAAACAGCAUUCAAUGUAAAUAUUGUAUCUCGUGCAAAAGGACACAAUUCUAUUGGAAUAACAAUAUUCAUCCGAAUAGCUCGCAGUACUGUGGGUAAGUGUGGUGGGGAUGAUGUUGUUAGGGAGAUCGCUGCCCGUGGCCGAUACCAGAGGUCUGUUCGCGUUCGCGUUCGCGUUCAGUCGGUGCGUGCUAGCGGCUCGUGUCGCGUGUUUUCAGUUCACUUCUUACCUCGUCGUCAUCCUUGACACACGAUCUGCCGCUUUGUUCAUCUUCAUGCGUGUUUUCGUCCACGGUUCUCUCUGUACAAUCUUCGAAUUUCCCGCUGAAUUAUCACGGUGCAACGUCGAGAAGUGUCAGAGGAGACUCUGCGGUUCCGGACAAUCGUUAUCGAUCUUUGGAGCACCGAUCGCGAAUUCAGAGUUCGAAAUGAAGCCGGAACAGGCGGCGGACCCUCACUGACCAUAGCGCGAACAACCGUCGACCACAUCUUCAAGCCUCUGCUAUGCCCUCGCUUCCUUAACGAUCCAGAAUCCGCUUCGCUCGGUCAUAUGUCGAAGACAAGAAGGUGAUCGCGGUCGUGUUAACCAGCGAGGUUAAGCGAGAGAAAGCGUAACGACAAAGCGUGGCAAGAUAGCUGACCUGGUGCACGGCGAAUCGAAGAACGGUCCAGCCCUCCUUAAUGGACAUUCCGCGGUUAGAUCCCGGUUGGAUUUAGCCGUGGCUGGUUCUCUCCACCGUGGUGAAAACAAGACCGAAGGAACAAAACGUGGAAGCCUUGAGAUCACCGGCUGCGAGGAAGGACUCUAUGGUGGCGCUCGAGGGUGGCGCAGAGUGGCGAAUGACCUGGUGCCGCCGCGAUAAUCCCUCCUCUCUCCUCUUAGUUGGACUUCGUAGCUCGAAGCCACGAAAAUGAUCGACUGACUGCUCGACUGGCUGGCGUGUAAUCGGACGGAUCUGGCCAGCAGCAUCCUUCCUCUUGCCUCUCCUCUUCGCUCGAACCUCUCUCGGUGGCUAACGGCAAACCACUGGUGAAUUUUGAAUCGAUGCCCGAACAGCGAAUGAAUGAUACCCGAAGCGAGUAAUUCGCCUCUGACUCGGUGAUCUACCGGUGAUCAACGAGUCGAGAAGAGAGCGAUUCUCUCCGAGCAAUUCUCAUCUCCCGAUCUCGGAUCUUCCGAUGUUCAACGAGUCGAGAAGCAACGUACAAACGACGCGCCGGGUAGUUCUUUUCUUUUGAACUCGGGAUUCAACCGGUGGCUAACGAGUCGAGGAACAACAAAUAAUAAAGAAACAGGUCGGGUUAAAUGUGUCUUGCUGGCAAAGGAGUCGCAGACAUGUCGCGAAUCUCGAAUCGCGCCUCGACCGUCGUCGCGCUGAUCAGCAUCGCGCUGCUGGUGCUAUUCCUGGUGAUAUUAUGGACUGGUGUACGCAUAACGAAGCAAGAGACGAUCGAGGGGAACGUCGAUGGAAGUCGCGACGCUGCGGAGAAGACUCUGGGCAGCUUCUUGAGGGAACGGUCCAACGAGUCUUCGUCUUCUUCUUUUUCUUCUUCUUCUUCUUCGUCGUCGUCGUCGACCACUGUCAAGAUUCUGUUCGACGACGAGAGCUUCAAUAACGAAGUGAUUUCAAAAUCGGAGAGAUCAUCAAAGAGUCGAAACGGUUCGAAGAAAACUAAAUCGUUUUCUCAGAAACCCGACUUGGAGUACGUCCAGUUGAUGAAGAUCAGUGAAAAUCAGUACGAGGAUCCACCGGACAAAUAUUCAACAGCGAAGCGACACCACAGCGGUCACUUCCGACAUGCCACAGCUGAGGUAUGGGAUCCUCAUCCCCAGUACGAGUUCACCGCCUUUGGAAGACGGUUUCGUUUACGUUUGGCUCACGACACCAGUUUCGUAUCACCGAAUAUCACGAUUACUCACAUGACUGAGGAUACCAGCAAAAGGGAAUAUCCACGCCAUGAACUCGGAUGUUUCUACAGUGGAACAGUAGACGGUGAUCCAUACUCUGCUGUUACUGUCAGUCUUUGCCACGGAAUGACGGGCCACGUGAGAACGUCGACUGGAAGCUACAUAAUUAAACCGGCCAAACCCUGGCGGAAGAGCGACAAGGAUCCUCUAGAAUUCUCGUUGGAGCAUGCGAUCCAGAGGAUAAGGCCAUACGUCGUUGAUCAUGAUCGAAUGAACGACGCCGACGAUCACGGUAGAAAUCGUAACUGCGGCGUGAUGGAUGACGGCGCAACGCCAAUUUUGGAGGAGUUGUCGAGCGGUAAAAUUUAUUUUGACGGUCAACGCCGCAAGCGUAGAUCUCCACUACCUGAGAGGAAGACCGCGGAACAUUCCCGAGACGACGACGUGUACAAGCAGUUCGUGGGACAAGCCGAGGGGCAUCGAAAUUUUUUGCGGAACGACGCCAGAUACUACUCCGUGGAGCGAAGACGAAAUGAUCUUAGCGAGGAGUAUAGCCAGGACUCGGAAAUGGAAUCGGAUCCCUCCGUGACUUGGAGACCACGUAGAGCCUUGUCAAGUGAAUAUUUCAUCGAGAUUAUGGUGGCGGCGGACGCGGAGAUGAAAAAGUACCACGGCGAUGGUUUGCUCAGCUACAUUUUGGUCCUGAUGAGCACGGUCUCGCGAAUCUACAAAGAUCAAUCAAUCGGAAAUCCCAUAAGCAUUUCGGUGAUGAAUAUCGUGCCGAUAGACAAGAUAUUUGGUGUUAGACGCACCAGGAGCGAAGGAAUCGCUGCAGCUGACAUGUUGAACAAGUUCUGUCGAUGGCAACAAAACAACAAUCCCAGCGAAUCAUCGCCAGGACAUUAUGAUACUGCUCUUCUUUUAACCAGGGAAAAUCUGUGUCACAGUUCCGACGAAACGAGCUGCGACACGUUGGGCCUGGCUGAGCUGGGACGAAUGUGUAUGCCAGGAUCCUCUUGUGCCAUUGUUCAAGACAAUGGUCUGGCUGCUGCAUUCACAAUCGCUCAUGAGAUUGGUCAUGUGCUGAGCAUGCCCCACGACGACGACGUAAAGUGUUCAGCUUUCAGAAAUCGUUCUGGUGUGCACAACAUAAUGUCAAGAAUGCUGGAUGACAAUACCUUCCCGUGGGAAUGGUCAAAAUGUUCCCGACACUACGUCACCGAGUUCCUUGAGGCCGGAAACGGAAACUGUCUGCUGGACAGGCCGGAUAACAUAAUGCUGCGAGAUGACCCGAGCAGACUUCCCGGCGAGGAUUACACGGUGAACAAGCAGUGCGAGCUGGUAUUUGGCAACGGGUCCAGGAUCUGCUCUCACAUGGUGGGUGAUGUGUGCAGGAGACUGUGGUGCACCACACCGAACGGAGACCAUUACGAUCAGUGUCGUACCCAGCACAUGCCGUGGGCUGAUGGAACCGCAUGCGACCGAGACAAAUGGUGUCAUCGAGGCGAAUGCGUCUCCCGUAGAAAUCUCAAGCCAGUGGAUGGCCAAUGGGGCGAGUGGGGACAAUAUGGGAAGUGUUCAAGAACCUGCGGCGGUGGUAUCAAGAAAAGGUUCCGCGAAUGCAAUAACCCACCUCCGCAGAACAACGGCCGUUACUGUAUCGGUGAUCGAGUCAAAUAUCGCAGCUGUGGCACCAAGGAAUGUCCGCCGGGAAGCCCUGAUUUCAGGGAACUACAGUGCUCGCACUUCGACAACAACAACAUGAGAAUACCGAACCUGACAGAGGAUGUUAAAUGGCACGCCAAAUAUUCGCGAAUAUCGCCUCAGGACCGUUGUAAAUUGUACUGCCAAGUGGAAAGCAAUCAGUAUUACAUGCUGGCGGAAAAAGUGGUCGACGGAACACCAUGCGGCCGUGAUACCUUUCACAUAUGCGUGAACGGCCACUGUAAACCAGCGGGAUGCGAUCACGUUUUAAACUCGACGGUGGAACUCGAUAUCUGCGGCGUAUGCGGGGGCGACAAUUCCACCUGCCAGUGGAUCACCGGCUCUUACAACUCCACCCAGUACGGCUAUACCAGAGUCGCCAAGAUCCCAGCGGGUAGCAACAACAUUGACAUCAGGCAGCACGCUUGGAAGGACAUGGUAGACGACAGCAAUUACCUCGCUUUACGACUUGGUGAAAACGGGAAAUACAUACUAAAUGGGAACUUCAGGGUGAUGACCCAAAGGGUGAUCGUCGAAAAUGGCGUCACUAUCGAGUACAGUGGACCUGAAUCAGUUGUGGAACGUCUGAAUACCUCCAGACCAAUUGAAACUGACUUAAUUCUGGAGGUACUGUCAGUAACGGAAUCAAAUCCGCCUCAAAUCAGUUAUGAAUACACAGUACCAAGAGACAUUUUAGAGAGCUACAAAUGGAAAUUAAGUAAUUGGUCGAACUGCAGCCUCAUCUGUCAAGGUAUGAAGUAUCGUAAGGCUGAGUGUAGAAGUAUCGAGUACGAAGAGGUCGUCGCCGAUGAUUAUUGUCGCGAGUCGGAAAGGCCGCGGGAAGAGAGUCAAAUGUGCAAUAAUUAUUGUAUAUUAGAAUGGAAUAUCACUGAAAUCUCUGAAUGCUCGAACCACUGUGGUCCAGGAACUCGCAUGGUCACUUCUAGAUGUAUACAAAGGCUAUUGAACUCGAAUCAUCCACCUCGUCCAAUUCCAGCGCAACUGUGCGCUCAUCUUGAACGACCAAACGAUACGAUACCUUGCAUCGGCCCGUGUGAGGAUGCCCACUGGCAUUAUGGAAAAUGGAGCGCUUGCAACACCACAUGCAGAGGUGGAAUUCAAUAUAGGACAGCUAUCUGCGUAGACUCGAAUCGGAGACAGAUUUCUGAAGAGAAUUGUAUGGGACAGAAGAAAGAUUUGGAAAGGACAUGUGGAAACGAAGAAUGUCCCAAAUGGGAAUUCAAGAACUGGAGUCAUUGCUCGGUAACAUGUGGUAUAGGGAAGAGACACAGACGUUUUGUGUGUCAGAUACAGAACCGCGUUGUUUUAAACAGUUACUGCGGUGAUACCCCUCCUGUUGAUACUGAGGUUUGCAAUCCCGGCCCUUGUGAACAGUGGCACACUGGUGAUUGGAGCCCGUGUUCAGUUACAUGUGGUGAAGGCACAAAGCGAAGAAAAGUUAUAUGCAAAGCGGUUGAUGGAAUAAUCAGUGACAAAUGUUCCUCGUCCAAUAAACCAGACAAUACUACUGUCUGUGAGCUAAAGCCUUGUCCAGUGAUAAACAAAACGCCAAUCAAAUAUUCCUCUGAUCCACCAUAUGAAAUUCCUUCUCAGCAAGAUAAUGAAAUUCAUGACAUAAUCUUCCGUUAUGGAUAUAAAUGGCAUGUUCAAACACAGGAAAUGUGCUCCAGACCAUGCAUCAAAGGUUAUAGGAACGUAAGGGUAAAAUGUGUUUCCAUUGAAACAGGAAUCAUUGCACCUGAUAAUUACUGUGAUAAUGAGAAGAAACCACAUACUGAGAUUCCUUGUAAUCAUUAUCGCUGCCCAAGGUGGAUUUAUAGUGAAUGGACCCAGUGCAACGUAGAAUGCGGACUAGGACACCAAUAUCGACAAGUACGCUGUCAAAGUCCACGUGGUGAAAUUUUACCAGACGAGAAUUGCCAUGACAUGGAAAAAUCGGAAAUAGUGAAAACAUGCCGGAAGAAGCCGUGUAAUAUUCCCACAGACCGAAAGAAUCGAAUGGAAACAAAUAUUCUGCGCAGAUGGAAACCUUCAGACUGGAGUACCUGUUCGAAAUCGUGUGGUACCGGACAUCAAAGGCGAAAAGUGGAGUGCACAAUGAGGAGAGGAAACCACGGGCCGGAAAUGACUGUAAAGGACGAGCAGUGCUCGAAGCUUGGCCUGAGAAAGCCGAAAACGCAGAGGCCCUGCCGACGUAUUGCCUGCAACUUUAUUUGGCAAGAGGGACCUUGGUCUGAGUGUUCGAAAAAAUGUGGCGAAGGAAUUCAACGGCGAUUAGUGACUUGUCACCGUGUCAAUCGUUAUGGAUUGAUCGAUCAUAUGCCCAGUGAUAAAUGUCCGAUGGAUCAGAAGCCUAAAUCUCAACAGUCUUGCAAAUUACGAGAAUGCGACGAUAAAUAUUACUGGCGUGCUGAUCCAUGGAAGAAGUGCAGUCACACUUGUGGCACGAAGGGUCGCAAAACACGAAGACUGUACUGCGUGACCUUAGGCGGUAAGAAAGUAAACCGUUUCUACUGUUCUAAAAAGUUCAAACCGCCCCGAAGGGAAAAAUGCAAUGAAAGAAAAUGUUACGCGAUGUCCUGCUACGAGGCGAAAACCUACUUCAAUGCUACCAAGGAUGGCGAGUAUACUUUAGUCAUGGCUGGAAGAAACAUGUCGAUUUACUGCCAUGGAAUGUCGACUUCUCAACCAAAGGAAUAUUUAACACUGCCAGCUGGUCCCGAAGAGAAUUACGCGGAAAUAAAUGAUCAAAGAUUGAACGAUCCUUAUAUUUGUCCGUAUAGUGGACCGAGAAACAGCAAUUGUAAUUGUUCCACUUCCGGGAAGACAACAUUCAGGAGGGUACGAAUUGAUCCUAUAGAAUUGUCUAUCAUAGAGAAUGAUUAUACAUUUUCGCGGAUGACAGGGUCAAAUCGUGUCGAAUAUGGCACGGCUGGUGACUGUAAUAGCAUUGCACACUGUCCUCAGGGUCGUUUUAGUAUUAACUUAAGAGGCACUCAAUUACAAUUAUCGUCCAGUGUUGUUUGGAUGUCGACACAUGGAACAUCGAAAGAGAUCAAUAAUAUUAGCAGUCAGUAUGUCACCGGGAAAUGUGGAGGCUAUUGUGGCUUUUGCAAGCCGAAGAACGGAUUAAAACUAGAUGUUUUACCACCCUAGUCUGCAGUAUAUAGGGCUCAAUAAUCUUCAAAUGCCUGUAAAGUACAGUUUUUAACAGGUAAAAAUUCCACUAACGGAUUUUUGAGCGUGUCGCAAAAGACUGGUUCAACGAACACAAGAUGAAAUCGACGAGAUCCGCUACCCAACCGAUCCCUUCACCUCGAACUUACUCUAAAUUGUUCGCUUAAAUCGUUACCAAUCCGCCAGUGGAUUUUUAACGACAAUAAUCAUUGUAUAUUCGGAUGAGAAAGUCAGCUUCAAAAUAGACUCAAUGGAUCAUUAGAAGCUCUUGAAACGCUAUUGUAAUGAAACGCUAUUGAAAUACAGAACGUGAUAAUUAAUAUUACAUUAACGAAUCGUUCGACAAUUUGUAUUUAACUUUAUUCAGUAGUUUUAUCUGUCGACUAUAAAGAUACUACAAAUUAAAAAGUGACAAUGAUUAAGUGACUUUUCAAAAUAUCAAUUUUUAUAUCCAAUGUAAAAUUUCGGGAAAACAAAGAGCGAGAUAAAGUCAAUAAAUUCUAAAUAGGUAUACAAAAUAAAUUGUUUCUCCAUAAUGGAGUCGUUCCAAGGAAUGGAUAAUCAAACAAGUCGAACACUAGUAAAAAAAAAAAAAGAAUCCCGUAUAAGAGAAGAUACAUAGUAAAGUGAAUGAAAGUUAUACUUUCGACAGAACCACGUGAAUUGUUCGCUUUCCUAUUCGUCGAAUUCUAACACUUGUAGUUAAGAGGUCCGUUUAGAUAUAUAAGUAACUUAAUGUCCGGUAAGAAUUGCAGUAUUCGUUUUCUUUAUACUCGUUGAAACAUCAUGACUGCCCGAAAGUUAAUGGUUUAUCGAACAAGGAAUAUUGAAAACAACGUGGUAAAACGUGUAUACGUCGACGUUAGAACGCGAAGUACAAAAAUUGGAAAACAACGAGCCACGUAAAAUCUACAAACCGAGCGUUGCUUUAAUCGAGCCGAAGUGUUUCAAUUGAAGAUCCGUUCAAUUGAAACUGAGAUCACUAAAGAAAAAAAUUAGACUGCCUCCGUAAUUCUUUUACAACUAUGGUGCUGUUAUAGGUUUACUUGGAAAGAGUGAAACUAAUUAGGCGUGAAUGAAAAUAGAGUCAGCUGAUACACUUCAUCCCUUGAACUCACUUUUCACUAUACUGAGUUUUUGUUGUUAGAGAGAGAAGAAUGUUUUCUACAUGUCUUCUAAACGAAGUCGUCAAUCUUAUUUCAGUGGGAUACGUAAAAUUAUAAUACGUAAAAUUUAAUUAAUAUUUAAAUUAUUAACUGCAAGAUUUAGCUAAAUGGCAACUUCUGUCAAAGAAGGAACGUUUCAAGUAUUUUAUUUUGUAUUUGGUUGUUUGUGUGUAGAUACUCGAUCUUAUAUAGUCUUUUAUAAGAAUUAUUCAUAGAAGAAUAUUUCAAGCCACUAGAUACUUGUGCGAAUAACCGAAUACUCGUAAAUUUUCGUAGAAAACAUUAUUCUAUUGAUGCAAAUAAGUAAACAGGACAGCUGUCGUAGAGCCUUUUGAAUCAUUUUUUAAUGGCGUGAAUUUUUACCACUUUUAGCGAUUAAGUUGCAUUAAUUAAAAAGAAUUGUAAAACGCGAAAUGAAAAAGUUCGCAACCGGGAUGCGUUUUCUCGAUGCACGAAGCAGUUGUACAUUUUGCCACUGCCAUAAUAUCCUUAUUGUCUUCGUAUUUUGUGCUUACACUGCGUAAUAACGACUAAAUGUUGUAAUGUCGAGAUACAAGUGUCAUUUAGAAGACAGACGGUUGCAUUACCAUGAAGAAACACAAGUUAGGACUUUAGUAUUCUGCGAUUUUAGUGACACGUAAUAAUAAUGGUAAAUGUUAUUAGACGAGCUAUGAUUUAGCAUUGGUAGAAUCGUAAACAUAGUUUUGGAGUCAGCUAAUCGAAACUCCAGACAUUAGCAAACGAAUUAACUUAUUAACUUGAGUAAUAUUGAGACGUCGAUAAUAGUUGAAUAAUAAUUCAAUUGAUCUUGCGUCGAAUAUUUUAUAGAUAUAUAUAUAUAUAUAUAUAUAAUAUAAUAUAAUAUAAUAUAAUAUAAUAUAAUAUAUAUAAUAAUAUCUACAUUUAUACACCUUUUUUAAAGAUAUUUAGAAGAACAACACGCACAUAUGUAUGUAUGUAUGAAAUGAAUCUAGCAACCAGACCAAGUUAUAUCUGUAUUCUAAAUAAUGAAGUUAAAAAUGAGUCGUAUACAAAAAUCUUAUUCUGUUUAUAUGCUUUAUCAUAUUUUAUUGCAGAUUGCUCUUUAAAUAAAAUCUUUCUCUUAUUUUCCAUAUACAUUGAUUUCCCGGAUGGAAGAUAAUCAGAGUAAUGUUGAUAGGUUUAAAGCAAUAAAGAAUAAAUGAAAAAAGAUAAUCAAAAACACAAUCUCACAUAGUUUCUUUAUUAAUUAAUUUUUAUAAUCUUUUAAUAUCUUUAACGUGUACUGUUUAUUUUAAACUGAAAAGACUGCGUUAUUUAUCAAGUAAUCUAAUGAAUAUGUCAAACUUCAUUUGGAAUAGAAAUAUAAUUUGGCCCAGUUGUUAAAAUCACCAUAUAUAUUGUUUCGAAAUUGUCGACCGGAUAUGUCAUUUUUAUAUCAGUAAGAUUAUCUCUAUCGAUUAGAUGUUCGCAUAUCAGUUCAGAUAAGAAGCGA